AUGGGUUCCAGCUUCAAAUUCGGCCUCAUCGGCCUCAUGGGUGCUGCUGCUGUCAGCGCUGCCCCUGCCGCCGCCCCUGAGACCAAUGCUAUUGGUUCUUUCCUCGCCCCUCGUGGUGCUUGUACCUUCUCCGGCCCCAACGGUGCCCAGCAGGCCAUGAACAGCAAGCAAGCUUGCUCGACCAUUACCCUGAGCAACGUCGCUGUCCCGGCCGGAGUUACUCUGGACCUGACUGGAUUGAACACCGGCACCCACGUCAUCUUCGAAGGAACCACCACUUUCGGAUACAAGGAAUGGAAGGGUCCCCUGGUCUCCGUUUCCGGAACUUCCAUCACCGUCCAGGGUGCCGCGGGCUCCAAGCUCGAUGGAGAGGGUGCCCGCUGGUGGGACGGCAAGGGAACCAACGGCGGCAAGAUCAAGCCUGCGUUCUUCUACGCUCACAGCCUGACCAACUCCAACAUCAACAACAUCUACAUCAAGAACUCCCCUGUGCAGGUCUUCAGUAUCGAUGGCGCUAAGGAGCUUACUCUCAACGGAGUUACCGUCGACAACCUCGAUGGUGACAGCCAGGGUGGCCACAACACUGACGCAUUCGACGUCGGCUCCAGCAACGGUGUCUACAUCAUCAGCCCUACCGUCCACAACCAGGAUGACUGCCUUGCUAUCAACUCCGGCUCGAACAUCCACUUUACCGGCGCUCAGUGCACUGGCGGUCACGGUAUCUCCAUCGGUUCCGUCGGUGGACGCGCUGACAACAUUGUCGACGGUGUCACCAUCGAGAACUGCAACAUCAAGAACUCCAUGAACGGUGUCCGCGUCAAGAGUAUCUACGGUACCACCGGUUCCAUCCGGGGCGUCACCUACAAGGAUAUCACCCUCUCCGGAAUCACCGACUACGGUGUUGUCAUUGAGCAGGACUACAAGAACGGCAGCCCUACCGGAACCCCCACCGGCGGUGUCCCCAUCACUGGUCUGACCAUCAACAACGUCCACGGAACUGUCAACAGCGGUGCUACCAACGUCUACAUUCUGUGUGCCGAGGGUGCUUGCUCCAACUGGUCCUGGGGUGAUGUCAACGUCCAGGGUGGCCGCACUAGCGAGAAGUGCAAGGGUAUCCCCGGCGGUGCUAAGUGCUAA